AUGGUUCUCGCGGGCUUGCUCUCGUGUUUGACGCUAACAUUUCACCGCGUGGAUGGUCGACGGGCCGAAAGUAGUACUCAUUCUCCUCCGACGCUGGGCCCUGUCUCGAAGCUGGUCAUCUCCGACCGCCAAAUCUCUCCAGAUGGCUUUCCACGCUUGGCCACCGUCGUAAACGGUAUAACACCUGGUCCUCUCAUCAUGGCUAAAAAGGGAGACGACUUCAGGGUUACAGUGGAGAAUGAGCUGGAUGACCCGUCAUUGGCCGAGGCGACUAGUGUCCACUGGCAUGGCAUCUUCCAACACGGUUCCAGUUGGGCCGAUGGUACCUCAUUCGUCUCGCAGUGCCCCCUCAUUCCAGACGAGUCCUUUACCCACGCCUUCAAUGCUCAAGAUCAAGCCGGCACUUACUUCUAUCACUCGCACUAUAAGACACAGUUUUGUGACGGCUUACGAGGUCCACUCGUCAUUUAUGACCCCGAGGACCCUCACUUAGACAAGUAUGAUGUUGAUGAUGAAAACACCGUCAUAACGCUUACCGACUGGUAUCACCAGCUUUCACCGGAACUUGCCGACAAAUACGCGCCCAUAAUAUCCAAUACGACUCUUAUUAACGGCAAAGGUCGAUACAAGGGAGGGCCCUCAGAGCCACUGUCUGUCAUCGAAGUCGAGCAUGGGAAGGCAUACCGGUUUCGCGUCGUGGGGAUGUCAUGCGAUCGGCAAUUUGACUUCUCCAUCGCAGAGCAUACGAUGACUAUCAUCGAGGUCGAUGGAAUCACGAUUGAACCGGUGGAAGCGGACAUCGUUACUGUCUUUUCUGGACAGCGCUACUCAAUCGUCGUCAGGGCCAAUCAAGCUGUUGGAAACUAUUGGGUUCGCGCAAGGCCUCCCGACGCGAUGCGCCCCUUCACGGGCGGACGGAACUCUGCCAUCUUACGGUACACAGGGGCUGACCACUCGGAUCCUGCAUCACAGGAAUCAGAGUUCGAUGAUGACCUAGUCACUCCUUUGCUCACCCCUUUAACAGACAGCAUGAUCCAUCCGCUUGUCAGCCCAGGAGCACCGGGUGUACCCGAGAUUGGCCAAGCAGACGUAAACAUCAACUUCGAGCUCGGAAAUCGCAAUGGACUAUUCACGAUGAACAACGUCAGUUUCAAGCCGCCAUCGACACCCGUCUUACUUCAGAUCCUCAAUGGCAGGGUCCACCCCUCUGACAUCAUGCCGAGGGGCUCUGUUUACGAGCUACCUCUAAACAAGACCAUCGAGCUUAGCUUUCCUACGACGGAUGCUGUUCCCGGAUGGCCGCAUCCUAUCCAUCUUCACGGCCACGUCUUUGACGUCGUACGUUCAGCUGGAGAAGAAGAGCCAAACUUCUAUAAUCCUGCUCGGAGAGACACGGUGUCCCUCGGAAACCCUGGCGAUAAUGUCACUAUCCGUUUCGUGACGGACAACGUCGGCCCAUGGUUCCUCCACUGUCACAAUGACUGGCAUUUGUUGCAUGGGUUCGCUGUAGUCCUUGCCGAAGGCACUCGGAGGACAGAGCAUCUCCGCGGGCGGUCAGAUUCCUGGGAAAAUCUUUGUCCUGCGUAUUCUGCGUACGGAAACUCCUCAGAAGGCGCCCUAUCAUCUCUCCCGCAUUGA